AAACAAAAAUCCAAAGAGUGUAAUCAUGUUCCGUUUGCUGAUCAUAGCGGUCGCCAUUGCCUGUGUCCAGGCCUAUUCCGAGGGUGCGCCUAAAGCUGCUUGCAAGGAUCUGACACCUCAGCAUGGCGCCGAGCUGCAGACGAAGAAACCACCAUAUAGCUUCUCUGGCCCAUCUCAUGUGCGUGGUGAUCAGAAAUUGACUUUGACUUUGGGCGGUGGAGAGUUCCUUGGCUUCAUAAUCCAAGCUCGUGAUGGCCAGAAUCGUGUUGUGGGCAAAUUUGAGGUUGUCGAUGGUGUACACUCUCAGACAUUAGAUUGCUCCGGUCCGGCCGAUACACUGACCCAUCUGAAGGCCACCAAGGGCAAACCAUUGAGUGGACUCGAAUUCAAAUGGACUGCACCAGAAGGCUACAAGGGCAAUGUGAAAUUCAUGGCUACCGUGGUGGAGACCGGUUUUGUCUAUUGGGUGGGACGCGUCACCAAGGAUAUCGAUGUGGAGUAAUUUGUGAUAGAUCAGCAAAAAUAUUUCAUGGUUUUUGUAAUGAAUUAAGAUUUUCAGUUAUGUUUCUAGAGAACAGUAUUCAGACUGUGAGUGUGAAAUAAAAAGAGAUCAGAUUUUAAGCAAAUGCUUGAAAAUCAAUGUAAAAUCAA